GUCGGAUCUACUCCGGACUGCACAUACCGAAAAAUAUGUGGCGUUGGCCUGAAUCUGUUGGCUACACCCUGGAUCAUGCGCCGCAUUUUUACCCCACUUCCUGACCGCUGCGACUCUGGAUGCUGAGUCCUGGGAAGGGACGUACACCUAUGCGCCUAUUUGUUAGCAACGUCCGUCAGCUGAACCUAUAAUUAUAACACGGAGGCGAUGGGCCCAAAGAAGAAAUUAAGUCGAGAGAAAGAGCGUCAACUAGUAGACCAACACAAUAUUAAAUUCGAUGGACCAAUCCAACCGUCAGAAUGGCCGACUUCCUACGCGCAGAUAUUUAGAAAGGUCCGUGAUAUUGAGAAAGUGAGAUCCGACGAGUAUUGCUCUAGCCAGCGCAACGAUCUGCUCGAAGCGCAGCGGAACAGAACCUUUAACAGGGCUAGUAAUCUUGUGAAUGCUGCUUAUGAGUGUCGUAUUUCCUCGCUAGAUGAGGAGAACUGGAGGAGAAAAACUGAAGACUUUCUGUUGAAGCGAUUCUCAAGCGACAGCAAGUGCGAACUAUGCCGCAAGUAUCGCUGGAUUUCCGAAUUCCGAGUUGCAGCACCCUCCUUUGUGGCUCUCGAAACAUUCCCUGACAGCGCUCACAAGAUUUGCCUGUGUUCUUACAACCAGACUGGUGUGGUAAACCGCGAGACACUCAGAAAGCCGUUUGUCUGGCGGACAAAUGCACCGGUUGUGCAUGAUGCAAUCUCUGAGAUUGGCACUAGGCAGCCAGAUAUCAUAGUAGGGCUCACCGAGACACCUGAGCUCAAGAAUGCCUCGGAAGAAUAUCAGGGACUUGUAUUCAGCCCUAUCAAGGGGGAAGGUUGUGGUGUAUUUCAUUUCCUCAUUCUGGAAGCGAAGUCGGAAUCGGGUGGUCCCGGAUUCUCUUCUGUCGAGAUUCAGACAGCAUUCCCUAUCAAGACUGUACUCAAUGUUCAAAAGGCGCUCAACGAAGCGACAGGAAAUACAAUACUACCCCUGGUAUGGUUCUUGGCGUAUCAAGGAGACGAGUGGAGAGUUUAUGCAUGCUACCUUGAUGGAGAUAAAACGCGAGUAAUCGAUCUCUGGCACGGCACUAUUCUGAGACAUGACUGCGCUUUGCAACUGCUGCUCAUCAUUGAUUUCAUAUGGGAUUGGGCAAGAAACGUCUACCGGCGAGAGAUUUUCCGCUGUUUGGGUAUAGGCAAUCGUGUCAAUCAAUUUACGGGAAGUUCUAUUGAAAACGACAUCUUUUUUGAUUCCGACAUUCUUGACGAAGGCAGUGAUUUUGAAACAGAGAGUACUAUGAAUGCCGACGAUUUAAGCGCCACCGCUUCAGGUGUGUUCGACAUGUCUAUUUCUCCUGUUGACGAAUGCGACGAUGCUAGAAUCGAGAGUACCAUCAGUACUCCAGAUAUAAUCAAUCUAUCAACUCCUGCUAGAGAUGAUAUAGAUGUCAUCACAGCAAAUCCUGAUGGUCGACAUGAGGAGUCAAACGCCGGGCCGGUCAUUAGAAAUGCAAAUCAAGUCUUUUUCUCCUUUCGCCACCUGAUGUUACCUGAAUCCCGCGACAGCCUGAUUGAAAUUCUCGCCGCAAUCAAGCCUGGUGUCAGCAUUAUUGACAACGCCCGAUAUCUUCUAACUUUUUUAGAUACUGAGUCGGCCGUGGUCGUGACAAGGUUGUUCGUCACCGAGCUAGAAGAAUUGUGGACAGAAACGCGUAGUGGGCAGUCAGAGUUGUUGGAUGGCGCAGUAGUAGCCCAUAUUUCUUUCCGAACGUACUUUAGACCCACUGACUGGCAUCUUGUAAGACAACUGUCUUGCAUCACCGCUUCUUGCGAGGCCAUCAAUGCUUUGGCUAGCAUUGUUUGGGAUGGAUUCUCUUCGUUGUGUCGUGAACUAGGACGGGCUCCCAAACCUACCCUGGAUAUAGCGCGGGACCUUAGGUUACUAUUCGGGGCUGACUCUGCUGGGGCUGCUGCUGUGAAUCUAUGUUUAUCUCUACAGUUUGCCGAAGGUCAUUACCGAUGGAUUAAGGAAGCCAGGCAAAGCUCGAAUGCUCUCUGGGUCGCCCUCGAAGAAAAUAUCCCAGGUAUACCUCUAUCUUCCAUCUCCUUUCAUUCGAGUACCGUGAGCAUAGUGGUACAUGAUUCAUGUGCGAUUGAUACGCUAGACCAGUUCGAAAGGUUUGGCAUAGCAACGCGAUCUGACGGCGCUAUCAUCCUGAAAAGACCUAUAGCAUGGCUCCAGAGUUGCCCAAAGUAUUGUUUGGUUGUCUUUGACAACUCCGACAUCGAGGACCCAGAUAAUGUUCGUCACAAGCUUUUACAAGUGCUUUCCAAUAAAGGGUUGUAUUUGGAGAAUGGAUAUCGUAAAGAAGAAGCAGACCAAGAGGCUUUGGAGCUCUGGCUGGAGAACUAUAUCAGCUAGAUCGAUCGAGACUCAGGCACUUGGGAUUGAUUAGUUAGGUGGUUACGAUGUGAUGGAAGCCUGAAGGAUUUUUACUGGCUCUUAACAUGUUGACGCGAAUAAUAAUAGCAUAUGGGGAAAACUACGUAGUACUCCGUA